AUGCAGAUAUUCGUGAAAACGUUAACAGGCAAAACAGUAACACUCGAGGUUGAACAGAGCGACCCCAUUGACAAUGUCAAGGCUAAAAUUCAGGACAAGGAAGGAAUCCCGUCGGAUCAACAACGUUUGAUUUUCGCCGGAAAACAACUUGAAGAUGGUCGGAUUCUUUCCGAUUACAACAUUCAAAAAGAGUCCACUUUGCAUUUGGUUCUGAGGCUAAGGGGCGGCCGCUGGUUUUGGAGUAAUAUUAGAUAUGGCCCAUAUCUUGGCGAAUUGGCUCGUAAAUACAUUAUCAACAAGCAAAUUUGCCGCAACUGA